CUCACCUUUGUGAUUAACAAAUACUCUUCAACCCUGAAGCAAGCCAAAGCUCUCAUUUUGAAGUGACCACAUCAUGGCUUGCGUUCAUAUUGAUUCUCCGGAGCUCCGUACCCCGCGGGUUAACCAACCUGUCUAUCGAGAGGAUUGCACGCAGUGCUUUGACUCAAUAGAUGACCCUUCUGGUCUAGAUGUCUGUCUUUUCUGUUUCAACGGUGGGUGUGCGGGGGACAGAAACCACUCCAGCAUUCACCAUCGGCGCUCAGGACAUCCGCUGGUGUUGAAUAUAAGGAGGACAAGGAAAGCCGUGCAGCGAGAUGAGCCUCCUCCCAAGAUGUCGAAGUUAGCCAUCGCUGCAGAAAGAGAAGAAGAUCGCUAUGACACUACUACAAGAGUUAACUGUCACGCUUGCCAAGCCAAUGAUAUCGAUAAAUCAACUGGAAAUCUCUCCGCGGUUGUCGAUGGUGUAUUGAAAGCUGUCACAUUUUCACGGAAGGAGGAAGUCAAGGCUUGGGAGCAGGAAUACAAACCUUGCCAGCAUAUAUUGUCCCUCGUUCAGGAUCAUUCGAACCAGGCGAUGUCCAAAGAUUUAUCUAAAUGUUCCUCGUGCGACUUAAAGGAGAACCUCUGGUUGUGCCUCGAAUGUGGUAAUUUGGGAUGCGGCCGAAGUCAGUUCGGCGGCGUAGGUGGCAAUUCUCAUGGCCUCGCUCAUGCAGAUGCUUCUUCCCAUGGGGUCGCCGUUAAACUUGGUUCCAUUACGCCUGAGGGCUCUGCGGACGUUUUCUGCUACAAAUGCAACGACGAAAUAAUCGAUCCUGACCUUGCUGCCCAUCUAAAACACUGGAACAUUAAUAUCGCUGAUCGCGAAAAAACCGAGCAAAGUCUCGUGGAAAUGCAAAUUGAACAAAACCUUAAAUGGGACUUUUCAAUGACUGGUCAGGACGGACAUGAAUCGAAGCCCCUUUUUGGCAAGGGACUUACGGGACUCAAGAAUUUGGGAAACAGCUGCUAUAUUUCCAGCGCUUUACAGUGCCUCUUCUCAUUACCCGAAUUCGAAGAGCGAUACUCCCAACCCAUGGCCGAACCGCCGCGCGUAUCGUCGCCAGCAGAAGAUCUUGAAACUCAAUUACGAAAACUCAGCGACGGUAUACACUCUGGCCGUUACGCAUUCCCUGAUCCAGACGCAGCUAUUUGCGCUGAUUCGCCCGACGUUGUAUAUCAAAAAGGCCUUGCUCCUUCGAUGUUCAAACAUUUGGUUGGUCGUGGUCACGAGGAAUUCUCAACCAUGCGUCAGCAAGAUUCAUUCGAGUUUCUUAUCCACCUCUUCAAACUCAUUACGCGUUCAAAACACAUAGACGGCCUUCAAGAUCCUGUGGGCUCAUUUCGGUUUGCGCUAGAACAGCGCCUACAAUGCCUAGCGUGCAAGAAGGUCCGAUAUACGAUAGACGAGCAGGAUAAUAUUUCGGUCCCUGUUCCGGCACGUCGUAUAAAGCAAGACAAUAACAAUACAACCGCAGCUGGAUCUCAAAGCUCACCUGAUUCACCAGAAUUCGAAACCGUGACUCUGAGGGAGUGUUUGGACAUUUUUACUGCAGACGAGAGAGUUGAACUGACCUGUGCCUCCUGUGGUAGCAAGGAAGGCUUCCUCAAACGUUCGCGUUUUAAGACUGUCCCAAGGAAUUUAGCCAUUAACGCUCGCCGCUUUAGCCUCGUUAACUGGGUGCCAACAAAGCUUAAUAUUCCUGUUGAGGUUGAUGAUAAGCCUUUUGACAUGAGUGCCUACAUGUCCUCUGGGCUUCAGGAAGGCGAAGAACUAUUACCAGAGGAUUCAUCCACCUCCCAAACCACGGCGUUUGUUCCAAACCAGAAUGCACUUGAUCAGCUUUUAACGAUGGGAUUCCCAGAAGUUAGGUGCAAGAAAGCCCUUCACGCAACCGGAAACGCCGACGUAGAGGCCGCGAUGAAUUGGCUAAUUGCCCACAUGGAGGAUCCGGAUAUUGACGUGCCUGUUGAGCUUACAACAGGCAAUACCACGUCAAAUGACCAAUCAAUGGAUGAUCCAGACAAAAUCGCCCAGCUCAACGAAAUGGGAAUCGACGCCGCCAAGGCCCGUAAGGCUCUGAGAGAAACAGAUGGGGAUGUUAUUAGAGCGGUGGAGUGGGUUUUCAGCCAUCCCGAUGACACAGGAGCUGUGGAGGAAUCCCCGGGAGAUACAGAUACUGGCAGCGCCAGAGAACCUCCCGGCUCCACGGAGCUACCGGCUGAAUUCCAGUUACAGUCCAUCAUCUGUCAUAAGGGGGCCUCAGUUCAUGCCGGGCACUACGUCGCAUUCGUACGAAAGCUACUCCCCGGGUCGGAGACGCCACAGUGGGUCUUAUUCAAUGAUGAGAAGGUCGUCGAGGCGAGCGACGUAGAGGAGAUGAAGCAGUUUGCGUAUGUCUACUUUUUCAGAAGGCUAUAGAUUCUCCCUCAUGCCUGUUUAGCUAUUCCCAAGGGUCGAGUUCCUAGACAGAACAGAUAGAUUUUUUUUUCCCCUUCUACAUUCAUUCUUGUUACAAUUUAGCAAAUGCCACCUGAAUGAUUUGAUGAAUCAAAUGACUUUUAUCUCGUUCCUGAUGUUUUCCAGAUGAUUGGUUUCGCGAGCGUUUGAUAAAAUGAACAUAUGUUCGUAACGUUGUAGGCAUGAUCACCGACGCCAUAUUGAUUGAUGUCUUGGAUCAUGUAGUGCACAGCAGUACAAGAGCAGUUAUGUACCAGUUCAACGCAGGCAAGCGGUUCCGACAAUAUGUACAAAAUCAUAUGAAGAAAAGAUGAUAGCAGGCCUUGAAACACUAGCGAAAAGGGAACCAUAGGGGGCGAAGUCUUUUUCAUUCCGUUGACUUGACAACCCAACCCUAUCCUACAUACAUUCCACAAGCGAAUUUCAAACGAGAAAGAUGGAGCAAAGUAAACGGAAUGCACCCCAGCUAACCAGCACACAAGAAAAUAGAAAUAGCAGUUAUAUGUAGAAUUAAUACAACGGAGGGGGUACACAGAGGAGAAGGAAACGGCCAAUGAAUGAACGGAAUAAAAAAAACAGAAAAAAGUAAAAGAAGUAUCAUCACAACCCCUCAACAGCACCACUACUUUCUUCACGAACGGGAGUCGAAAACCGUCCUCUUGUCUCACUAAUAAUCCAUGAGAACCACUCAUCAAGCUUCCCCUUCUCGAAGUACGUGCGUAGCAGAUCAGCCUCUGCAUCUAGCUCCUGGACGAGGCUAAUCUGCUGGUCAGGCGGCAGGACCGCAUGGGAUCUUGCAGGGAGGAUGUUUGUUUCAAGGAUGCGAGAGGGCGUGAACGAUUGGCGGGUCAGGCGAACAUCCUCACCGAGUUCUGUUGUUUCAGGCAAAUGGGCGUUAGUUUUAAAAAGGGGUCAUGAUAAGUAGAAAGAUGCAGUAGGUGCAAAGACGAGGCGCAGAGGAAAAUGGGAAAAGGGGAGAAAAAAGGAAUCCUACCUUCAGCAAGUUGCCUCAUCGUCUCCGCCAACGCC